GUAUUUUUUUAAUUGUACACCAACUCACAAAUCUGUUACAAAUUGAUUUUAAUUGCAUUCAUAAAACCAUUGCAUUUGGUUUUGAGUAACUAUGGCUAAAUGGGAGGCUACUAAGGAAAAUAUAUCAAUUACCCACUUCAUAAAUCCUCACCUGUUUUGGUAUCAUAAAGUUGGUGUUUCCAACGAUGAAUAUCGUGCAAUAGCAAAAGUUGAGAAGGAACUGGCAGAUUACUAUAGUGAUCAUCAAGCAUGGACGCAGGGAAGGCGGCAUCCACCAAAAAACACAAUUGUAGCUGUGAAGUUUCUUGCUUGGAACAAAUUGAUACGCGCUCGUGUCGAUCACAUUACAGGUUUUGGCAAGACGGUAGCUGGAGGUGAGUUCAUAAUGUGGGCCUUGGAUUAUGGAUUUCCAUUUCAAACAAAAGCAGAUCAAAUUUAUCGGUUACCUAGUAAAUUUGCAACACCAAUAAAUUAUAUACGUUGUGGUGGUUUGUCGAAUAUACUACCCGCUGAAGAGUUCUUCAUGAAUAAUGAAAUGAUUACAGUUGUUUCAAAUAAAUGGCAUCAGCGGGCAUGUGAUGUCAUCGAAAAAGCUUUAAAUGGUUCAGAAUGUAUAGUGUUUGCUAAGGAAUUUACUUCGAACGAACAAGAUUGGGGGGAGCUAAUAAUUAAAACUAAUAUGGGAGUUAAAUAUCGUGUUAAUGAUCAGUUGGUGUCAUUACAUUUAGCAGCAAAUGCUGUAUCCAAUUUCCGUAUCGAAUGUCAUAAACUAAAAACAGCCAAUAUUUCGCCAUGGUUAUGUAAUAAUGGCAACAGUAAAUUUCAAAUAAAUCGAGCUUACAUCUAUCCGGGUAUCAGGAAAAUAAUUCAUAAUGGUAUUGAAACCCAUGAAAUAGAGUGCGAUGAUAAAGCUAAGCAAAAAGUGGAAGAAUGGUAUGAACGUAAUCAAUUUACUGCUGGACAGAAGACUGGCUUUCUCGACACGACAACUGAAUAUACCAUGACUGAGGGCUCUGUUACGAAUACAAAAGAUGAUGAACAAAACGCCGAUACGGAAAAGGCCAGUGAAAGUGAUGAAUCUCAACUAAUGCAACUUGCCGGAGUACUGUCGAAAUCUAGAAUAAAGAAAUACGUAUGGGGAAGAUUAUCCGAGCCGCCUCCACCGGACGACGGAGAUUUUGAUAUGGAAGUCAACAAAACAAAAACAAAUAAAACUUUAGAUACUGUUGAUAGUGAAAUAAGCUCAAUUAAAUAUUUGCACUUAAAGGACUCUACAAUUAACACUUACAAUUCUACUGCAAACCUUGGAAAUCAACAAGGAAAAAAAGUGGGAAAUACUUGUUCCAUGCCUAAAACUGACUCGAAAUGUGAUGCUGGAAUAUCCUUAAAUCCUACUAAGAUUACUUUGAAGGAGAACAAUAAUAGUAUUGGUACACUAGCUGAACAUUUGAUAAAUAUCCGAAAGCAGUAUAUAAAUAACAAAACCGAUGAAUUGAUAUUAACUGACACGGAGAGUGUCUGUACGGCGAAGGAACCUCAGGCGCGGCGUAAAGUUAGUACUACAACAAUAACUAAAAGGAACGCGAGUUCUAAAAACAAAAUUGCUGACUUGUGCUCAACUUUUCAUGGCCUGCGUAUGAUACCGGCCGGUUAUGAUAUUAUGAACUUGCAUGAUUAUAAUGAUCAAGAUCAUUGGCAUUGUAAGAAAAGCACACUUAAUGAUCGUGCACCACAUAAUGAAAUGGAUUUAUUUGAUUUUGCGAAUUAAAUCGACAGUACCGUUCUAUACAUUCAACAUAAUUAAAUUGCCUAGAUCUGCAAUGUAUGUAUAUAUUCAUAUAGAAUUCCCUUUUUUGUUGUAUGGUUUUGAAAAGUAUAUUUAAGCAU